AUGAGAUCUUUUAUUCCACUUCUCCUUGCCCCUCUCGUCCUGGCCCAUCCUAAAAUUCCUACUCCAGGUCCGGAUGGAAAAUACACUCUCAGUGCCCCAGGUAUUGAAGCAAAAUUCAUCGCCUACUCAGCUGCUAUCACCAAUCUCGUCGUCUCAGAUCGCAAUGGUGUGAAAAGAGAUAUCAUUCUCGGUUACGACAAUGCAUCUUUCUAUCCCGUCGACCCCAAUCACCCAGACUACGGAGCUGUUCCAGGUCGAUACGCAAACCGCAUCAAAGACCAUACCUAUGUGGUAGACGGAGAUCGCUUCUUUACUGAGGCUAACGACGGAAAUGGCACGCUUCAUUCAGGUCUCAAUGGUUGGUCGAGACGGACCUGGAACGUAAGCGAGGUUACCAGCAAAAGUAUCACCUUCACCAUCCGCGACGAGGGCAACUCUUCUCAAGGUCUCCCUGGUCUAGUCCUAGGAAAGGUCACACACACCAUCGAAGCCAAUUCGUGGUCCACCAAACUCUACGCUGUGUCAAAAACACAUGACACACCAAUUCUCCUCACCACCCACCCCUACUGGAAUCUCGACGCCUUCCAAAACCCAGCAACAGACCUCGUGCUAAACCACACUCUCAGCCUACCAUUCGGCAAGAGAUUAGUCGGUAUCGACGGCAACACCCAAUCCACCGGUGCCCUCCCCGCCAUUCCAGCAGGCGACAUCAAUGAUUUCUGGAGCAAACCGAAACAACUCGGUGCGAACCAGGGAAAUGCGAAUUGGGUUGGUAACUGUGGAACCAAUUCUGGAUGCUCGGGAUACAACAAUCAAUGGGUUGUUGAUCGUGAUCCGCUUGAUGUGACGGCUUCGAAGCCUGUGGCUAGUCUAUCCAGUGACUUCAGUGGGAUCAAAUGGGAUUUGUACUCGGAUCAGGCGGGUGUGGUUGUGUAUUCUUGUUAUUGGAUGGGUGGUGCAAAUGAGCUUAAAGCUUCUCAGAAGGGUCCAGCUACGAAUGGCUUUGUGAAGAGUAAUGGAUGCGUGGCUGUUGAGCCGCAGGAUUUGAUCGAUGGUAUUAAUCAUCCUGAGUGGGGCAGAAACCAGAUCUAUACUCCUAAGGGGAAGCCGUUUGAGGCUAGUAUUCAGUAUAAGUUUAGUACCUUUUAA